CAAUGAAACAAUACAUGCCGAUGAAACCGAAAAUCAAGCGGGGGUACAAAGUCUGGAGCCUCGCCGACAGUGAGACUGGUUAUCUCUGCCGAUUCGAAGUAUAUCAAGGACGCAACGGAGAAAGGCCCACUGAUCAGACUCUUGGGGAACACGUCGUCCUUUCGCUGACGGAGGAUAUAGUGGAGGAAGAAUCCGAAGUUUUUUUUGACAAUUUUUUUUCUUCAACCAAACAGCUCCUGCAACUUCGAGAACGAGGAGUGUUUGCCUGUGGCACAUUCAGGACCAACAAACGAGACCUGCCCCCAGAAGUCAAAAUUGACAACAAGCUUUCUCGUGGAGAGUACCUCUACCGAUCAAAAGGGCCAGUGUCGGCUUACCAAUGGCGAGACACAAAAAAUGUUCACAUGAUGUCGAAUUUUCAUGACCCUGAAGAGCAAGCUUCGAUGGAAAGGAAGCUUCCAUGCGGAAAAAAAGUUCAAGUUACAUGCCCGAUGGCCGUCAAGGACUACAACCGCUGGAUGGGGGGCGUAGACUGUUUCGACCAAAAGCGCAAUGCCUAUCCGGUUGAUCGACGGUCUAAGAAGUGGUGGCAUCGUAUUUUUUACUUUCUUAUCGAUGCAGCAAUCGUCAAUGCCUUUGUGCAACACACGGCAUAUCACAGUGACGACGAUGUGGCUUUGCUUCACUUCAAGGUGCUUCUCGGGCGACAACUGAUCAAGAGACAUACUUUUCGCACUGCUAGAAAGUCGCAAGUGCAUUUCCAGAGAAAACAGGUACGCCGCCGUGGGUCUCUGAUUACUGGAGUGCCGAGCGAAAUUCGUCUUGAAGGAAGAGACCACUUUCCCCAAGAGAAUGCAAAGAGGAGAAUGUGUCGGUGGUGCUCCACGAAGAGCAAGGAAGCCCGCACAAGAUAUGUGUGCAGCAGCUGCGACGUUCCUUUGUGUGUUGGGUGCUUCUCCUCCUUUCACUUGUCCAAGUGA